AUGACCCAGCCACAGCAGCAGCGCAUCCUUGUCGUCGGCUCCGGUUUCGCCGGCAUGUGGAGCGCCCUCAGCGCCCGGCGCCUCCUCAGCCUCGAAUCCGCCAACCCGUCCUCUUCCUCCAUCGAAGUCGCCGUCGUCGCCCCCAACGACAACCUCGUCAUCCGCCCGCGUCUGUACGAGCCCGGCGUCGAUAAGCUGAGCGUCUCCCUCGGCCCCCUCUUCACCGCCACCGGCGUACGCUUCAUCCAGGGCACCGUCGACGCCAUCGACACCGCCACCCACGCCGUCACCGUCGUCGACGCCGCGGGCGAGCGCUCCUCCGUCUCCUACACGCGCCUCGUCCUCGCCGCGGGCAGCCGCGUCGUGCGGCCCAACAUCCCAGGCCUCGCCGAGCACGCCUUCAACGUGGACCAGAUCGACGAGGCGACCCGUCUGGAGAAGCACCUCGCCAGCCUGGCCGCGCUCCCCGCCAGCCCCGCCCGCAACACCGUCGUCGUGUGCGGCGGCGGCUUCACGGGCAUCGAGCUCGCCACCGAGCUCACCGGCCGGCUCCGCGCCACCCUCGGCGACCAGGAAAGGCUCGGCACCGCCGUGUCGGGCGUGGAGGCGGGCGCCGUUCUCACCGCCGACGGGGAGAGGAUCGAGACCCUCACGGCCAUCUGGACCGCGGGUAUGGUGGCGAACCCCCUCACCGCGCAAAUCUCCGCGGAGAAGGACGGCCUCGGCCGCCUCGUCGUGGAUACCAAUCUUCGCGUGCCCUCCGUCCCCGACGUCUUUGCCACGGGCGACGUGGCCCGCGCCAUCACCGACGACGAGGGCCACGCCACGCUCAUGUCCUGCCAGCACGCCAUGUAUCUCGGCCGCUUUUCCGGCAACAACGCCGCGGCCGACCUCCUCGGCGUGGCUCCUACGCCUUACGCCCAGGAGGCUACGCCACGUGUCAUGAUGUCCGGCGCGCAGGGCAAGACGAUCAAGACGUACAUCAACCGCGUGCUCAUCUACCCGCCUACCGCCGACCCCAAGGAUGCCUUCAACCGCGCGGACCCGGAGUGGAGGGUCCCGCCGCUGACUGAUGAGCUCCUCGCCGGUGGAUUUUAG